AUGAAGACAAUUAUCGUCACUUUCCUCAUUGGCCUUGCCACUGCACUCGAAAUUGUCCCUGGCAGCUACAUCGUCCAGCUCAAGCCAGGCACAUCCGCCACGGCGCACCACCGAGCCGUGCGUUCUCUCCUUCGCAAACGCGACUCGACCAUCCAGUCCUUCAGCAUCGGCCAAGAUUUCAAUGCCUACGCGGCCACGGCACUCACUACCGAAGACGCAGCCGCCCUCUCGGGACGUGAUGACGUGCUGUCGGUUGAACCCGACUUUUACAUCAGCGUCCAGGACUUCAAUGGGACGGAAUCGGACUUGGAGCCACGUGCAUUGACAACGCAGUCGCCCUCAGGGGUAUGGAGCUUGUCCGACGUUUCCCACAGUGCUGCGGGCGCCAAGGACUACGUGUAUGAUGAUAGUGCCGGUGCCGGCCAGACUGUGUACGUCGUCGACACGGGAGUUCGCAUUUCGCACCAGGAAUUUGAGGGGCGCGCCCGAUUCGGCUUCAGCGGCGUCACGGGUGGCACCGCAUUCGAGGAGGAUGGGGAAGGACAUGGUACUCAUGUGGCUGGUACCGUGGCGGGUAAGACAUAUGGUGUUGCCAAAAAAGCACAGCUCGUUGCUGUCAAGGUUUUUGGAUCGGACGGAAUUGGCCAAGCUUCAUGGACUUUGGCGGGCAUUACAUGGGCAGUCAAUGACAUUCUCGCUCGCAAUGCAGCUGCAUCAUCGGUUAUAAAUCUGUCUCUAUCGACCAAUGGGCCCUCUAGCUCUCUCGAGGCGUUGGUUCGCGCUGCCUGGAAUCAGGGCAUUGUCAGUGUAUCGGCGGCCGGGAAUUCCGACUCGCCCGCAGCAAACAUGAGCCCAGCGCGCAUUGCCGAGACGAUCACGGUCGGCAUGACGCGCGCCGACCGUCGACGCUCCCAGAUCAUUCCAAACAUCUACGGAAGCAAUUGGGGCCCCGAACUGGAUGUCUUCGCCCCAGGCGAGGACAUCCUCAGCGCUGGCUGGAGAUCUGACACUGAGACGCGGUCCACCACUGGUACCAGUAUGGCAACGCCUCUGGUCGCGGGCUUGAUCAGUUACUUGAGGGCACUCGAGGGUGGCCUUGCCAGUCCUAAUGAUGUCAAGGCCAGGCUUGUGGCUUUAGGCCACAAAGGCGUGGUGACGGACCCCAAAGGCUCUCCAAAUGUACUGGUGUACAAUGGAAGCGGCAAGUAG